CGAAGAUGAAGAAGUGUAAAAUUUCAAAAAUCAUCAUCUCCUUGGACGACAACGUCAACGGCUUUAUUGGACGAUAGAAAAAGGACGAGGAGUGGUGCUGGACAGUCAAGGGCCGGUGCUCGUCUCAGAGCCGCGCUCUAGCGUGGAGUUCUCAAACGACACCGGGGCGAUGAUCCACUGCUCGGCCCACGGCAGUCCCUCGCCGAGAAUCGACUGGCUGAUGGGCGACGGCUCACCGGUCUUACCGAUACCGCAUAUCCGUGAGAUGCUGGUAAACGGUUCCAUGUACUUCCUGCCGUUCGGCGCCGAGAGCUACCGGCACGAUGUGCACUCGGCUGUCUAUCGCUGCCAAGCGUCGAACAGCGUCGGCAAGGUGCUCGGCCGUGAAAUCACUGUAAAGGCCGUGGUGCGCCAGAAGUACGAAGUACAAGUGCGAGACGCCUAUGUCCUGGCGGGCAACACCGGAGUGCUCAGGUGCGAGAUACCAGCUUUCGUCAAGGAAUAUGUCGCGGUCACGUCCUGGUUCCAGGACUCAUCCUUCAACUUUUACCCGACUGCGGAGAGUGGCGGGAAAUACCAUAUGCUGCCCACUGGAGAACUACUCAUCUUCUCCGUGACUUCCGCCGAUGCCCACUCGACCUACCGAUGCCGCACUGUGCACCACAUCACCGGUGACACUGUGGAAAGUUCAUCGUACGCCAGACUAGUAGUUACUGAACACCGCAAUCCGUCGCCGCCGCGCUUCAACGAGCGGGUGAACCCCGCAGCGAUUCGCACCGGCGAGACAAUCGUACUGUCGUGUAUUUCGCAAGGUAUUCCGCCACCUACGUAUCUCUGGUUCCGCGAAUCCGUGUCGGGAACGACGAUGGUCUUCAACUCAGAGAGGAUACACGCGCGUGCCGGCGUGCUAGUGCUGCAAUCCGCUCGAGUCGAAGACGCUGGCAGAUAUGUCUGCCAUGCGAACAAUACCGCCGGUUCCGAGCGAGUCGAACUGGAAGUCUCCAUCAUAAGCAGCCUUUCCAUCCAUCUGGCGCCUCAACAGGUGACUGUGGACCUAGGAAAGGAUGCGGAGUUUCAAUGCUCCAUCACCGGUAAGCCACAUCCGGUGAUCUCGUGGGCAAAGGACGGUCUUCCUAUGCGGGAAGGAUCUUCGGGUAGAAGCAAAAUUACGGGUAACGAUGGCUCGACAUUGCGCAUAUCUUCUAUCGUGAGGGAUGACAAAGGAAUGUAUCAAUGCUUCGCCAAGAACGACUAUGAGAUGGUGCAGGCGACGGCCGAAUUACGUUUGGGAGAUGCAGCGCCUCAACUUUUGUAUAAGUUCAUCGAACAGACGAUGCAACCAGGUCCCUCGGUAUCGCUCAAGUGUAUCGCGAUGGGCAACCCUACGCCGCACUUCUCCUGGACGCUGGACGGGUUUCCUCUUCCACAAAACGACAGAUUCAUGAUAGGCCAGUACGUGACAGUUCACGGCGACGUGAUAUCUCACGUGAACAUAAGCGCCGUGCGGGUGGAGGACGGUGGUGAGUACAUGUGCUCGGCGGUGAACCGCGUCGCAAAGGCGCGUCACGCGGCCCGGCUCAAUAUUUACGGGCUGCCUCAUGUGAGACCGAUGGGCAACUACGCCGCCGUGGCCGGCGAGACGACCGUCAUCAAGUGUCCCGCCGCAGGUUUCCCGCUUGCCAGCAUCACCUGGGAAAAAGAUGGUCAAAUAUUGCCAACCAGCCGACGUCAGGAGGUGUCUACAAACGGAACGCUGGUGCUGUAUCGCGUCGACAGCAGCACCGAUCGCGGUGCAUACACGUGCACCGCAAAGAACAAACAAGGUCGCUCCGAUUCGCAGACCAUCCACAUAGAAGUCAAAGUUCCGCCUACGAUAGCUCCCUUUAGCUUUAAGAAGGACUUGUCGGAGGGCCUGCGGGCCCAGGUGACCUGCAUGGUCGAGAAGGGCGAUCCGCCGUUCACGAUCAUCUGGUCGAAGGACGGCGAACCGAUUUCUGGCCCCGGCACGGCGGCCGCCGCCUACGGGCCCGCCGUCGCUGCCGCCGCAGCCGCGGCCGUUAACGAUCCCCGACAACACUCGCAGACACCCCCGGGGCUGCGCGUAACCAACAUUGACGCCCAUUCCAGCGCCAUAGUUAUCGAACGCGUCACCGCCGCGCAUACUGGCAACUAUACUUGCCUGGCACGCAAUUCGGUGGCCGAGGUCCUCUGGACGGCCGAAUUGAUUGUUCGUGUGCCGCCACGUUGGGUGGUGGAGCCGCAAGACGCCCGCGCAUCCGAAGGGAUGCCUCGGUUGAGCCUGCAUUGCCAUGCCGACGGGUUUCCGCCGCCGUUGGUCACGUGGCGACGCGGCAGCGGCAAGCAGCCUGGCAAUUACCACGACAUAGCCAGCCACGAGCACAUGCAGGACCUGAGGAUACACUCCAACGGCUCGCUGGUGUUCGGCCGGGUGCAAGAAGAUCACGAGGGCUUUUAUCUGUGCGAGGCCGUAAACGGCAUCGGAGCCGGGCUCAGCAAAGUCGUUUAUCUCACCGUCAAUGUUCCCGCGCAUUUCGUGGAGAAACAUCGCAAUCAGACCGCGAGGCUAGGCUCGAACGCCUCGCUACGCUGCGAGGCGAAAGGCGACCAUCCCUUGAAGAUAGUUUGGAAGAAAGCCAGCUCCCAGUUAGAUCCAAAACUUCCCGAUUAUCGUUACACUCUUAAGGAGGACAACACCACUGAUGGCGUCGUCAGCGUUCUUGGUUUUCUUAGUACCAGCCGUGAAGACAGUGGAAGAUACUUUUGUAUCGCAUCCAACGCUUACGGUCGCGAUGAGAUGACAAUUCAUCUUUAUAUUCAAGAACCUCCAGAUUUUCCACGGAAUCUUCACGUGAUCGAAAAAGGUAGUCGUCACAUCAAUCUAGGCUGGACAACCAGUCAGGAUGGAAACAGUCCGAUUACCCAAUAUAUAAUUGAAUACAAAACCGAAUCGGAAGUAUGGCAUGACCACACGUUCCAUACGACGGUGCCGGGCACACGUGCUCACGGCCACGUGAGCGGCUUACGUCCCGCGGUCACUUACCAGUUUCGGAUGUACGCGGACAACGAACUGGGUCGGAGUCAAGCGAGUGACAUUUUAGAGGCAACAACGGAGGGGGAGAAGCCGGGCGGACCGCCGCGAAAUCUCAAAGUAGACCCCAUCAGCUCGACCGAAUUCAACGUCACCUGGGAUCCGCCCGAUCAUGAUUUAUGGAACGGCGAGAUACUCGGUUAUCAUGUCGGCUACAAGGAACACAGGUUGGAGCAGUACACAUACAAAACCGUGGAAAGACGGAUCUCGACAGCAAGUGUUGCACUGGGUCUGGCAAGAACGUCCAUGCCUGGACGACAGCAUCACUUGACGAACUUGAAGAAGUUCACGCGUUACAGUGUGGUCGUUCAAGCGUUCAACGCUCUCGGUCCCGGUCCCAUGACGCAGGAAGUUGUGGCAUCGACGCUCGAGGAUGUCCCGAGCAGUCCUCCGCAGGACGUGCGUUGCACCGCUCUCUCGUCGACAUCCUUGCAAGUCUCCUGGGACUCACCGCCCGAGUCUAGCAUGAAUGGGAUACUGAAAGGCUACAAGGUUAUAUGGGAGAAUACGGAUGCGUUAGCGGAGUCUAUCAAACCGGAGAUGACCAAGACUACCACCGCACUGACAGUGGUGAUUCAUAGCCUGGAGAAAUACACAAACUACUCAAUCCAAGUCUUGGCGUCAACCAGAAGCGGCGACGGUAUCGCUUCGUCACCUCUUUAUUGCGUAACCGAGGAGGAUCUGCCGGAAGUGCCAGCCGGUGUCAAAGCCGUCGCCAGCUCGGCCACGUCUAUCAUCGUCUCGUGGCAACCGCCCUUGAAGAGCAACGGCAACAUUACCGCCUACAACGUGCACAUUCGCGGACUUGGGCCGGAAGGAAAGUGGCAUAGAAGAGCUUUAGCGCCGCAUCAGACCAGCUAUCAGGCCGAAGAUCUGCACAAGAGGAGCCAGUACGAAUUCACCAUAGCCGCGGUCACUUCGGUCGGCGAGGGCCCGCAAACCCCGUCUAUUACGGUCUCACCUUCCAGCGAAGUUCGCGCUGCUAUAUACUCGUUCGGUACCGUACUUGUCGUGCCGUGGAAGCGAGAUGUGACGCUACCUUGCCAAAGUGUGGGCAAACCUGAGCCCUCGGUUACCUGGAAGCAAUGGGGUCAGAUCGUCAAACCAUCUGCCAGAGUGUCCCUCCAUCCUGAUGGAUCUUUACAAAUUAUUGAUCUUCACAGGGAGGAUAGCGGAAAUUACACUUGCUUCGUGGAUAAUCGUCACGGCUCCGAUCAGAUAACUCAUCGUUUAACCGUGCAAGUUCCACCCGCGGCGCCAUUAUUGCACGCGACUAGCACCAGCAGCAAUUCUAUUAACGUACAAUGGAAAAACGGCGACGACGGCGGCUCGUCGAUUCGUGGCUACAUUCUACACUACAAACGCGAGUCGGGCGAAUGGGAAGAGUUCAAGGUGUCGCAUAAAGUGAGCAGUUUUGUCUUGUCGCGACUUUGGUGCGGCAAUGAUUACCAGAUGUACCUGACGGCGUACAAUCGCAUCGGCAUGGGCCGACCGAGCGAGAUUGUCAAGGCGACGACGAAAGGCUCGAAGCCGGACGAUUCUCCCGGAACUAGCGACAAGUUCGUCACUGUCAAUGUCUCCUGGAUUACCCUGCAUCUUAGCAUGUGGAACGACGGAGGGUGUCCUAUAACGUUCUUCGAGCUGGAAUACAGGAAGAGCGGCGAAGGCAUUUGGACAUUGGUCUCGAAUAAUAUCGAGGUACAAAAGACGUAUACUCUGAGCGAGUUGCAACCGGGAACGACAUAUGAUAUUCGCAUAAGGGCCCACAAUAACGCCGGCUCGUCGGUGGCUGAAUACAGAAUAACGACGUUGCAGCCACAUAUUAGCACAACCCUGUCCGCCAUCGAUAUCGAUCAAUACAUACCUCAACACACGUCCGUAUACUCGGAUCUGAAGCUCAUCGUGCCUCUGGUGCUAAGUUCGUUCGCGAUUAUUGCCGCGGCCGGUGCUGUCUUCUAUUGCUUCCGCAAACGUCCUUUUAUGAGUGAUAUCGGAAGUCUACAUGAUGCUCAAACCGCGGCCGCCUUAGACAAUAAGCAGAACAUGGAGCAGCGCGAGCAGUAUUACGCCACAGUACGUAAGCCGCUCCGUUCGCCGAUACACGAGAUGGCCACAUUAGAGAAAAUACCAGAAUAUUCGGAAGAUAUCUACCCGUACGCCACGUUCCAGCUGGAGGAAAGCGUUCCUGCAGGAGGCGACAGUCGCUGCAAUUCUGCAGCGCCUCUCCAGACCUUCGUCUAUCACGACCCUCGUCUCUCCACUGCCGAUACCCUUCAGUUACGAGAGUCGGAUUGCAACCGAUACACUAAGGCACGCGGAGGCCGUUCGUCCUCUGCGCCGUUGCACAAAGCGCACAAGGUCAGUCAGGGCAAGUCCGAGUCGGAGGAGUACGACACCCUGGGCUCGGACAGCGACACGGAAGUCGGGACCAGCAGCCGAACCGAGUCUUCCAAUCACCUCGUCGAUUCGCACCACUCGGCAUCUGCGGCCGACUCGCGCGUUCACAACUUCCUGUACCAUGGACCAGAAUCUAGCACGUCUACAGAACCCUCACCGAUUUUUGAGAGAAAAUCGUUUCCUGGAAGGGGACGACCCAAGAUGUUACAGCUGGCGCGUCAUACCAGCGAGGAGGCCCGUGCCAACUUCGGGCCAAUCGCCGGGCCUGGCCAUCCCAAGCACCAGUCGGGCAAUGCCUAUGCCAAUCGGGACCAGGAACGUGACGGAUCAGGAAACCUGUUCGUCCCCAAGCUGGACCCACCCUCGGGUUUCUCCGACGCGUUUGAGUUAAGCGAGGCCGAGUGCGACUUUGAUCGCGGUCACAGCAGCCAACGAAACGUCCGUGACUUUGUAAUUGCGGUGUAAAUACAUACAAAAGCCUCCGAUGUGCACGCGAGGAUCCCGUCGUAAAG